AUGAUGGCUUCGGAUUCAUCUGCUAGCAUGCUAUUUGAGGAAAACAAGUCUGAAUGGCCGUAUUCUUCUCGUGCAACAAAGAGACAAAAGCGCACCUCCGGCCCAGGACCCUCGCCUCGCGAAAUUGGAUUUAUGAGAGAGUCUCAAAAUGAGAGAUCGGCGAGCUUUCUUGGAAGUUCAAGUGGAAUUCAUUUUAUCCGUCAUGUUUACAAUGCCUUCGCACGUCGUUCAGCAGACUUGGACCCAACACGAGUCCGUGAUAGAACCUCGGUGCCAGGGGAAGACGACCGGCUACAGCAAAAUUCAGGGAGCAUUCGACGCUCGGAUGAGCUGUGGGCGAGCGAGGAAGUAAACUAUGCACCAAACUCAUUUGCUUUCGACGAUCUUGUUAAGUGGACACGCAGCUAUUUCCAGAAUUGGCAUCCAAUCUUCCCAUGCCUCCACGCCCCGACAGUCUUGAAAACCAUAGAGACAGUCAGUCAAAAAGGGGUCGAAUCGGUCAGCCAACUAGAAUUGAUGAUUCUCCGCUCCAUCGUGUCCAUUUCUCUUGGUGAUAAUCGACAGCAAGCGUCGUCUGGAUCGAAGCUCAGUCCCGUUCCUUCGGUCUUGGUCUUUCGAUCCAUCCAACAUGUGAUGCAAGAUGUACAAAGCCUCCUGGAAGAGCCAACUAGCUUGUCACUGCUACAAUCAGCAUUUACCGCUCAACUUGCACUCACUUCUCUUUUGCGCCUGAAUGCCGCCUCGCGGGUAGGGGGUGUCAUCACCCGCACUGCAUUUCACCUCGGGUUGCACCGUUGCCCAAGACGUUUUUCUUGCUUUAGCAGUGAAGAAGCCGAUAUCCGUUGUCGAUUAUUUUGGUCAAUCUAUUCCCUCGAAAGAUAUCUUUCUCAGGCCCUUGGCAUUCCGCUCUCUAUUCGAGAUGACGACAUCGACGUGUGCUACCCCGGCGCCGAGAGACAUUCUUCAACAACUGUCAAAUGCCCCGACGAUCGCAGAUUGCGCUUAUUGUGCCAUCUUGCGAAAUUUGCACGGAUUCGAGGUUUGAUUGUUGAACUUCGUAAUAAAUCCAUUCUCCACAGUCACGCCAGCCAGGUUGAAGCAGCUCACGUUACUGGAGAACUAUCACAAUGGUGGAAUGAAGUUUAUGACGAUGUGAACCCCAUUGAUGAGGUAGGAGAACCUGAUCUAGAGCAAGAGCCGAUCUUGCAGCCAUAUCACCGGCUACUCCUGAUGAUCCUGAGACACGAAGCUAUCAUCUCACUGAAUCGACCUCUUCUAGCCUCUGAAAAUCCAAGUGCGGAGUACAGGAACGCUUUGCAGACUUGUAUCGGAUCUUCUCGAUCUAUACUUGCGGCAUUGAAAAAACACAUGUCCUCUGAACCCGAAUCUCCGCUCUCCUGGCCAUGCUUUACAUGGUCAACUUGGAUGGCCUGUCUUAUUCUGAUGUAUGCUGCAUGGGAAGAGGAAUUCCCAACGCCGACAGCUCUCAAGUAUGCGAGAAUGGGGAUUGCUAUUUUGGAAAAUCUAUCAUUGCGCGGUAGCAGCUGGCCAGAGACCUGCAUCGAGGCGAUCAAAGGCAUGGAAUCUGCUUUCGAGACACAUACAUCGAGUGGGCAGCAAUCCAAGGCUACUCCAACGUUUGACGGUGCCGGGAGACAAACUCAAACCCAUGCCCAAUUCACGCCAUCGACAAGUAAACGGAUAUCACGAACUCUGCCGGUUCAGGAUGGAAAUAUUGAGAUUGGUGAUACAGAUUUCACUCCACUUCGACCUCAAGUUUCAGCGCCAAAUGGAUACCAAGGCCGUCCAGUCUCUACCGGAAUUCAUCCGUUUCAAUCGUCAAUUCGCUCUCCUGUCCAAGGCAUUGGCCCCGCAGAAAACUACGACUCUGCCGUUUUCUCACGGUCUGAAAAUAUCGGUAACUUUGCCGAGGCUCUGGACACUGCUGAGGACUAUCUCAGUGGGCAGUCUUCAGCUGGCCUCAUUUUUGGCAACAUGGCUGACGGAAACACUGCUUUUAAUCCGAGUUUUGCUGGUCAAGACUCUUUACCAUUUUCAUCAUCUAUGCUCAUGAACGAUUUAUGGAGUGUAGCGGAUGGCCCAUGGAUGAUUCACAAUAACUUUUUGUGA